AUGCUCUCUCUUGCUGUAGUCGCUCUCGCGGCUUCCGCCAUGGCGGUGCCUAUGCCCGCGCCCACGCCGGCGCCCGACCUGAAUAAGGCCAAGGCUGCAAAGAGGGCAACUAGCUGUACCUUCUCAGGCUCCGACGGUUACUCUCUUGCCAGCGUGUCCCAGAAGGACUGCGCAACCAUCGUCCUGUCUGCUUUGACGGUCCCGAGCGGGGUGACGUUGGAUUUGUCGGACCUCGAGGACGACACCACGGUCAUCUUUGAGGGCGAGACGUCGUGGGAGUACGCUGAGUGGGACGGACCCUUGCUCCAGAUUGAGGGUACGAGUAUCACCAUCGAGGGAGCCUCGGGGGCCUACCUGAACGGCAACGGUGCGGACUGGUGGGACGGCGAAGGCAGCGACGGCGGCGUCACCAAGCCCAAGUUCUUCUACGCACACGAUCUUACCGACUCUACCAUCACCAACCUGUACAUCUAUAAUACGCCCGUCCAGGCUGUGAGCAUCGACAACGCAGACGGUCUCACGAUCACGGACAUGACGAUCAACAACGAGGCGGGUGCCAGCCUUGGCGCCAACACUGAUGGCUUCGACAUUGGCGACUCGACCAACGUUGUCAUCACCGGCGCCGAAGUGUACAACCAGGACGACUGUGUUGCUAUCAACUCCGGCACGGAAAUCACGGUCGAGAACAGCAUCUGCUCUGGUGGUCAUGGCCUGUCGAUCGGCUCUGUCGGCGGCAGAGAUGACAACACUGUCGAGACUGUCACCUUCUACAACAACGAGGUGAAGAGCUCUGUGAACGGCAUCCGCAUCAAGGCGACUGAGGGAGACACCGGCAGCAUCAGCGGUGUCACCUACCAGGAGAUCACCCUCACGGACAUUUCCAAGUACGGAAUCCUGAUCGAGCAGAACUACGACGGUGGCGACCUCGACGGCGGUACCCCCAGCAGUGGCAUCCCGAUCACCGACCUGACACUCGACAACAUCUCGGGUACUGACGGCGUCGAGAGCGGCGGAUACAACAUUGUCAUCGCCUGCGGUAGUGAUGCCUGCUCAGACUGGACCUGGACCGACGUUGACGUGACGGGCGGAUCAACGUACAGCGACUGCACGAAUGUGCCAAGCGGUAUCUCCUGCUAA